AUGGCGCCUACAUUUGCUGGCAUGUCCGGCAGGCCACUUUCCCUGACAGUGUCCACCAUCGCCACGAUGGGUUUCCUUCUAUUCGGCUACGACCAAGGCGUAAUGUCAGGCAUCAUUUCCGCCAACGCCUUCGACGACGUCUUCACAGCCGCCAAGAACGACUCUACCAUGCAAGCCCUAAUCACAGCCGUCUACGAGCUAGGCUGUCUAUUCGGUGCUAUGUUUGCCCUUUUUGCCGGUGACCGACUCGGUCGUCGAUGGAUGGUCAUGUGUGGUGCUGCGAUUAUGAUCAUCGGUGUCAUAAUUCAAGUCACUUCCUUUGUUGGCCAUAUUCCCCUCCUGCAGUUCAUGUUUGGCCGUGUCAUUACCGGUGUUGGAAAUGGCAUGAAUACUUCGACCAUUCCAACUUACCAGGCUGAGUGUUCUCGCACCAGUAACCGUGGCCUGUUGAUCUGUAUUGAGGGUGGUAUUAUUGCCAUUGGUACAGCGAUUGCUUACUGGAUUGACUUUGGUGCCUCGUACGGUCCUCCUGAUCUGGUCUGGCGUUUCCCGAUUGCGUUUCAGAUUGUGUUUGGAUUCAUUAUUAUCGUUGGCAUGUACUUCUUGCCCGACUCACCUCGCUACCUCAUCUCCAAGGGUAAGGUGCACGAGGGUGAGUAUGUACUUGCCGCUCUUGCUGGAAAGGAAAUCGACGACCACGAGACUCAGCUGCAGAAACAGCUUGUCAUUGAGUCUAUCGAAGCUGCUGGUGUCGCCGAAGGCGCUGGGUACUCCGACCUUCUCACCGGUGGAAGGACCCAACACCUACGUCGCAUGCUGAUCGGUUCCUCUUCACAAAUCGCCCAGCAACUGUCCGGCUGUAAUGCCGUCAUCUACUACCUCCCCGUCCUGUUGAAGCAGUCCCUCGGCCAAACCGAGUUCAUGUCCAUGCUCAUCGGUGGUAUCAACAUGAUCGUCUACGCCAUCUUCGCCACCUUCUCCUGGUUCUUCAUCGAAAAGAUCGGUCGUCGCAAGCUCUUCAUCGGCGGUAUGACCGGCCAAAUGGUUUCCAUGAUCAUCGUCUUCGCCUGCCUCAUUCCUGGUGGCACCGGGCCAGCCAAGGGUGCCGUAUUUGGUCUCUUCUUGUACAUGGCCUUCUUCGGCGCUGCCAUGCUGCCUCUCCCUUGGCUGUACCCAGCCGAACUGUCGCCCAUCCGCACUCGUGCCAAGGCCAACGCCGUCUCGACUUGCUCUAACUGGCUGUUCAACUUCACCGUUGUCAUGAUCACGCCCGUCAUGGUGUCUCAUAUCGGCUGGGGCACGUAUCUCUUCUUCGCCGCUAUGAAUGCUAUCUUCAUUCCCCCUAUGUACUUCUUCUAUCCCGAGACCGCUGGUCGCUCUCUGGAGGAGAUCGAUAUUAUCUUUGCCAAGGGGUAUUGCGAGAAGAUUAGCUAUGUCAAGGCUUCGCAUGAGUUGCCUAGGCUUACCGAUGAGGAGAUUGAGCAGAAGGCUGUCGAGUAUGGCUUUGCGGAUGCUAGCCCUGCGGAUCCGGAGAAGGGUACUGCUUCCCCUGGGUCAGAGGAGGAACAGUGUGAGAACGGUGUUUAG